AUGUCUCUCGACCUGCUCAAGUCCGUCCCUCUACCGACCCUCGAUCGCCCGUUUGGCAUCGAGGUAUGGCCCAUCUUCGAGAAGGUCUAUACGACCGUCCUCGGAUACCCUCCGCUUGACUUCGAGUUUUCCCAGGGCGUGACCCCAAUGUCGACGAUCCGAGAGACUACGAUUGCCUUAUUAUCAUACUAUACCAUCAUUUUCGGUGGCCGCGAGUUGAUGCGCAGCCGCCCCGCAAUGAAGUUGAAUGGCUUGUUUAUGGCCCACAACUUUUUUUUGACUAUUGCCAGUGGCUUCUUGCUAGCACUUUUUAUCGAACAGCUCUUGCCGACUCUGUGGAGGCAUGGUGUCUUUUUCACAAUCUGUGACCACCGUGGGGGAUGGACGAAACCGCUUGUGGUUCUUUACUAUUUGAAUUAUAUUACCAAGUACAUUGAGCUGCUUGAUACCGUGUUCCUCGUCUUGAAAAAGAAACCGCUUACCUUCCUGCACACCUAUCACCAUGGCGCCACGGCCCUCUUAUGCUAUACUCAGCUUAUUGGACUAACGGCUGUCUCAUGGGUUCCCAUCACCCUGAACUUGAUGGUCCAUGUUGUGAUGUACUGGUACUACUUCCAGAGCGCUCGUGGCGUGCGCGUUUGGUGGAAACAAUGGAUUACUCGUCUCCAAAUCGCCCAAUUCGUUAUUGACCUUGGCUUCGUUUACUUUGCCUCCUACACUUACUUCACCUCUACCUACUUCCCAUACAUGCCCAAUGUUGGCAAUUGUGCCGGAGAAGAAUUUGCUGCAUUUUCAGGCCUCAUUAUCUUGAGUUCCUACCUCGUUCUCUUCAUUUCAUUCUAUUUUGCUACAUACAAGAAAACCGGAAAGGGCGGCCGCCCUCGCCGCAACACUGGCAAAGAAGCUGCAAUUGCAAUGAAGAACCUCGAAAUUCCUUCUGUAGCAGUGCAGGCCAAGGCGAAUGGCUCUCCCGCACCAACGAACGGAACCACAAAUGGAAGCAUCCAAACGAACGGAACGGCUACCUCCUCCGCAAGAACCAAUGGACCAGUCACACGUUCGCGCAAGGCUUAA